UUACUCGCUGAUCUCGUUGAUAAACACCUUCCUGCGGGACCAGGAGAGAUCGGCCUCUCAGGAGCUGACCAAAUCGACGGCGGCGUUUGGGGACAACAGCAAGCCGGCAUUCACGAGCAUGAGCCUCGGCGAUUUAUUGUGGGAAUUUGCCAAGUCAUACAGUCGUGAGAUCGAUGAGAAUGAGGAGAGUGUUGAUGAUGGCAACUUGCGACGCUCGAGUAAACGGCAGUGGCUGUUGCCGUGGUUGGAGAAUCUCAUCGAUUUGACCUCCCAACUGUCCAAUUUCCACGAGACCAAGGCGGCCUUUGAGAGUAUGUAUGCUACGUUGAAGUACUUGAUAAGAUCACCUGAAAUUCGGCAAGAGCGAAAUCGGAGUCUUUUGGUACCGUACUUGCUCGAAUUGCCAUCGGAUAAGACCGCCACAGUGAGGGCCAGCGAGGCGUGGAAAAAGUAUGGUCGUGAUAGUGAUGUGGGAGGAAGAGGAUUAACCGAUUAUUACCGCGAUGAAACGCGACGGAGGUUUGGGGAGGUUAUGAAGAUUCGCGCAAAUCUCGGCGAUGAGAUGAAGCUCAGGAUGGCUCACCCGAGCAUGGCAGCGUGGUGGCUAACGCCUACUAGGGUUGCUGAUACUCGCAAGAGAGGGAGAGAUGAGGCUAAACAGGCUCCUCGAAAGAGGCAAGCAGUAGCGGCUGGGAGUAGUAAAUAG